GGCAGCAGCGACAGAACCAAUAUUAUCGAAAACAUCAUUAACAUCACCAAUUCCUUCGACAACGGCGUUAGCGACACUGGCAGCGACCUCAACUACAUCGGCAGUAUCUGCAGCAAUGUCCACUCCGACAACAAUACCAUCAUUGGCAGCAACAACAGGGGCAAUGGUGGCUCCACUGACAGAGGCCGCAACGGCUGAGCUGCCAAUUACGACAUCUAUAUCAAUAACUUUGUCAUCCGUGGAGGUGGGGCCAUCAAACAAUCUUGGUAGGGUCUGGCAACGGGAGUUGUUUGCGCAGGGCCAUGCUGUAUGGGGGUUGGAAGAGGAGCCGCCCCCUUACAUGGAGCUCACGGAUCUGUCACGAUCGAAGGCGCUGAAGUCGUGUGGCAGCGAGAUCCUUGAUCUGCCACGAUCGAAUGCACCGAAGUCGUGUGCCUGCAAGACCCUUGAGGAGGGGCAAGGGUUUGGCGGCAAGCUCGAGGUGCAUUUUUAUAAAAAUGAUGACGACUAUUUCGCGGACGGCUUCUGGGCCAACAACACUGCUGAGACUGUUCUCAGCCGAAGCCGGGUAAUGGCCCCGGUAUCUCAAAUGUUCUCAAAACCAGGCACAAUGGAGGCGCUUGACACACGCGCGGAAAAUAAAAUGAUGGGAAUCAACUCAAUCCCCUCGAAGAGAGUGAGAGGAGGAAACUCCCUACUCUUUUAUCAAGGGGCAAUGAGACAGAAUGUGAUGAGGCAGCUCAGCCCCUCUCCAUAUAGCAGACCAGGAGUAGAACAAGUAACAUUUAGUGGUUGGAAUCGAGACAGGAAUAUGAAGGACAAUAAGUUACAGGAAACAUCACUUAUGGUGAUUGAUCCCAAAGUAUGGCCAACAACUCAGAUCCACUCAGAAGAAUCACACUCGCAGGAGGAAGCGGCCCCAAGGGUGGAGAGAAUACUCCACUCAGAGAAUCGACAAAGGGAGCAGAGGGAGCAAAGGAUCCCACAAGUAUUCUUAUCAAUGAAAACGCCAGGGACAGAAGAGGAAUAGAAAUCCAACACCUCACAAAAAGAAGAUAAAGAAAUUCAGAGAGAGGAAGAGAUGCUAACAGAGGAGGAGAGACUGGAACAUACCUAUUUUUCUAACAAAGGCAACUAGACUCA